CUCCCCGCCCGCCGCCCCGCGCAUUCCCGACCCCUCCCGGGCGGCGGCGGCGGCGGCACCGGGAGCGGCACCGGGAGCGGGAGCGGCACCGGGGGCAGCAAGCGGGGGCAGCGAUGCCGCAGCUGGAGCCGGCGGGGGGGGACGACCUGGGGGCCCCCGACGAGUUGAUCGCUUUCCAGGACGAGGGCGAGGAGCAGGACAAGGGCGCGGGGCGCGGCUCGGCCCACGGGGACCUGGACGAGCUGAAAUCGUCGCUGGUCAACGAGACCGAGAGCCGGGGGGGCUCCGGGACCGGCUCGGACGCCGAGGUGAGGCCGGGCACCGACGGGAGGUCUCGAGGCCCCGGCCCGUUCCGCGCCCCUCACCGCGCCCCCCCCGCUCCCCCGCAGGCGGAGCGGCCCCCCAGCCCCGGGAAAGUUUCCAGAAGCCGCGGGACGCCCUCGCCGAAGUGGUGAGACGACAGCAAGAUGGGGGUUUUUUAAGGGCCCCCCCUACCCCGGCUACCCCUUCCUGAUGCUCCCCGAGCUGGGCAGCCCCUACCUCUCCAACGGAGCCCUGUCCCCCGGCGGCGCCCGCACCGUAAGUGCCCCCCCUUCCACCCCC